GAAACAACAAAUAUCUUUAAUUUGGAGACUUCAGUUUGCUUUUAAAUAGAUGAUCUAAAUGUUCCAAUAACAUACAAACAAUUUACCUCAUAGAAAGAAGUUUAGAAGAAAACGAAAAACAUGCAGAGAAUAACUUCACUUACAUUCCUUGUUACUUUACUCAUCGUGUUUACAUCGGUUGUGAAUCAGAGUAGAGCAGCCACAUGUAACGAGACUUUAGGCUCUUGCGAAAACUGUGACAAAAAAUGCCUAACCAAAUACGGACCAUCGGUUAAAACCCAUUGUGACGGUCCUGGUGGGAUGUGCACGUGCGUCUACGGUUGUGGACCACCUUCACCGAUUAAACCGAUGAAAGUGUGUAUUGGUUCGACUGGUCUGUGUACUAGUAAAUGUGCUGGUAGUUGUUGUGAUAGGAAUUGUGCACUAAAGUACAAUGCGGGACGUGGAGCUUGUUCCCAACUUGGUGAUUAUAUCGUGUGCGAAUGCGAAUAUACUUGCUAGAGUCGCUCGAUGAAAUUGUAAACCAACUGGUUUUCUUUUAUUAUUAUAACUAUAAUAAUGGGAUGAUAUACAAUUGCUGUCUAUUAUCCGGUUUGCGGAUGAAGUAGUUUCUGUGAACUCGAAUAAAUAUAAAAAUAUGAAGUUUUACUAGUUUUAUUAUAAAUUUUUACGGAUUUUAGUUUAAA